UGUGUGCUAAGCCUCAGACUAACAUUUGAUGCUGCAUAGUCUGCUUAUUAUCUACCAGCAUUUGUCAGUCAUCAGUUUGUUAUUUAAACCCUAGCAAACCACUGCUCUUGACAGUCUAGGUUAUUAGGCACUGAAUCAUAGGAGAGAGAAAUCAUGUUGAAGGGACUGCUAUCUAUUGCUGUCACUGUCCUUGUUACUUUGACUUACAAUGAAGUUAAGUCAGCAAUUUCUACAAAUCCUCCAUUCAAUGUCAUGGUCUCAGUCAGUAGUACCACAGUUAGUUUUGGUGACAAUGUAACCUUUACAUGUUCUGCUGAAGGAGGAUCAGAAAAUAAUUUUACUUGGACACAUAAUAAUAUGGUUCAAAUCAGUGAUGGAGGACGAUUCAUGAUAGAAUCAACUUCUUCCAAUAGUACACUUACUGUUACUGAUGUAAUUGUAACAGAUUUUGGUACAUAUAUUUGUCAAGUAUCAAAUCUUGCUGGAAGUGAUUCUGCUAACUUAACAAUUACAACAUCACCUGAGGGAUUUUCAACCAUUAGUCCUGUCAAUAAUAUAACAUUGGACAGAGGAAAUGAUAUUACACUGGAGUGUAAUACAACAACGCCUGGUCCUCCUAGUAAUAAUAAGUAUAAUUGGUUUCAUAAUGCAACACAGAGUGUUUGCUGCCCAUUUGGACAAGAUGCUAACAUCACUGAAUUACUACAGCAAAACACUGUUUCACGUGUUGGUAUGAGCUCUGAUCUUGAGCUUACUUCAGUCAAUGCUUCUCAUGGUGGUACAUAUGAGUGUAUAAUAUCCAAUGAUGCUGGAAGUGAAGCACUCAGUACUAGUGUCUUCAUAAGACCAUACUUUGUUGAGCAGCCACCUGACAAUGUGUACACUGAAGUUGAUGGGAAUGUGACUCUGUACUGUAAUGCUGAGUCUUAUCCUUAUCCAAGUUUUCAAUGGGAGAAGAGGAAUGAUGCUGGAGUAUUUGUAUCAAUAUCAGGAGAGACUAGUAGAUAUCUCAUGUUUAGUUCAGUCACUACUGAUGUCAUUGGAGAGUAUCGCUGUAUAGUUACUGUGGAUGAGCUGGACUCCUCCAUCACAUCCAAUGUCACUGCUGUACAUGUAUCGCCUCAGAAUUUAGUGACUGUCGAACCUUCAAUGAUAAUUUCUGAGCCUUCUUCAGAUGUUACUUUCACAUGCAACACUACAGCAGGGCCUAACAGUAAAUUUGUAUGGCUGUAUAAUGCCACUAGUGUAAUCUGUGAUGAUUGUAUAGAAACAUUUGAGGACUUUUUAUCCCGUGUUGGUAACUUGACUAAUAUGACAUUAGUUGGUAUUGGUCCUGUCCUUACUCUUCGUAACAUUGAUUCAUCAGUUGGUGGUACUUAUCAUUGUGCUGUUAUCAAUGAGGCUGGGUUUGAUAUUGAAACUGCUAGUCUCUACAUUACUCCAACUAUUGUCACUCAUCCAAUGAGUGUUGUUACUCCUACUAGGAUCCCUAAUAUUGUUCUAUCAUGUAUGGCUAAUUCUUUUCCUGACCCUGAGUAUCGCUGGGAGAAAAGCAGCACUAAUGAAGGACCAUAUACUAAAAUAGCUAAUAGUGAAGGCUCUACUUAUGCUUUGGGUACCAUUUUCCAUUCUACUAAUGGAUACUAUCGUUGUAUUGCAUAUACUAGUGUAUCUAAUAUCAUCAAUGAGACUGCUUCUAAUCCAGCUGUUGUUACUGUGGACAUAGGCAGAGUUAUAAUUUCAGUCAGUAGUACCACAGUCAGUGGUGGUGACAAUGUAACCUUUACAUGCUCUGCUGAAGGAGGACCAGACAAUAUUUUUACUUGGACACAUAGUAUCAUGGGUCAAAUCAGUGAUGGAGGACGAUUCAUAAUAGAAUCAACUUUUUUCAGUAGACUUACUGUUACUGAUGUAAUUGGAGCAGAUUUUGGUACAUAUACUUGUAUGGUAAUGAAUCUUGCUGGAAGUGGUAAUGCUAUUACAGAGCCAAUUACAACAUCACCUGAGGGAUUCUCAGCCAUUAGUCCUGUCAAUAAUAUAACAUUGGACAGAGGAAAUGAUAUUACACUUAAUUGUACUACAACUGCUGGUCCUAUUAAUAAGUAUAGCUGGUUUCAUAAUGCAACACAGAGUGUUUGCUGCCCAUUUGGACAAGACGCUAAUAUCACAGAAUUAGUAGAGCAGAGAACUGUUUCACGUGUUGGUAUGAACUCUGAUCUUGAGCUUACUUCAGUCAAUGCUUCUCAUGGUGGUAUAUAUGAGUGUAUACUAUCCAAUGAUGCUGGAAGUGAAGCACUCAGUACUAGUGUCUUCAUAAGACCAUACUUUGCUGAGCAGCCACCUGACAAUGUGUACACUGAAGUUGAUGGAAAUGUGACUCUGGACUGUAAUGCUGAAUCUUAUCCUUAUCCAAGUUUCCAAUGGGAGAAGAAGAAUGAUGCUGGAGUAUUUGCAUUAAUAUCAGGAGAGACUGGUAGAUAUCUCAUGUUUAGUUCAGUCACUACUGAUGUCAUUGGAGAGUAUCGCUGUAUAGUUACUGUGGAUGAGCUGGACUCCUCCAUCACAUCCAAUAUCACUGCUGUUCAUG